AUGCCUUUUGCAACAUUCGUUGGUGUUAAUCACCAUGGCCAAUCUAUUAUAUUAGGUUGUGCCUUAUUGUCCCAUGAGGAUGUAGAGACUUUUAAAUGGGUUUUCUCAACUUGGCUCUCAGCAAUGGGAGACACUCAUCCCCAUGCUAUUUUCACUGAUCAAUGCGAAAGCAUUAUGGCUGUUAUCAGGAAAGUCAUGCCUAACACAAUAUAUAAAUUCUGCUUAUGGCAUAUCCUUAGCAAGUUGUCAGAGAAGUUUAAGGGUGUGGCUGAUUUUACAAAAGCCAAUAAUGAGUUUAAAGCUUUAAUAUUCGAUAGUUUGAUGAUUAAGAUGUUUGAAAGAAAUUGGAAUGAGUUCCUGAAGUAUGGACUAGAAAAUAAUGAAUGGUUGACGAAGCUUUAUUUUGAAAGGGAGAGUUGGGUACCCAUCUAUCUCAAUCACAUGUUCUGGGCGGGAAUGAUGUCUACUCAAAGAAGCAAGGGCAUACAUGCUUACUUUGAUAGUUAUGUUCACUCAAGAAGCACAUUAAAGCAAUUCAUCGAACAAUAUGAGAUGGCCCUAUGUGGGAAGACUGAGAAGGAGUUGCUUUUAGAGUUCAUAUCAAAAAAUAGGCUUGUUAAUUGUAUAUCUCAAUUUCAAUGGGAAAAACAGUUUCAAAGUGCCUUCACUCAUGAAAUGUUUAAGUUGAUUCAAGAGCAGAUUAAGCGCCUAUGGUACUGCGAUAUGAAAAUUCUAAACAAGGAUGAAGAGAGCAAUGAGCAUGGGAUGGAGAGAUACAAUAUACUUGAGAGGUGCAUAAUUAAUGACUGGUAUCACAAGGAGUUUGUCUACAGCAUUGAGCAUAGAGAAAAUGGACAAUAUUUCAGUUGCAAAUGUAGAAGAUUUGAUUCAAGUGGAAUACUUUGUUGCUACAUCUUAAAAAUGAUCGUUACAAAAGGCAUCGAGGUAAUUAAUGAAAGAUAUUUACCCAGGAGGUGGAGAAAAGACGUGCACCGUCCAUAUAUUAAAAAGUUUUUUGCCGAAGGCUAUCCAACGAUGACAGAGGAAUACCAAAAAUACCGUGAACUUGAGGGAGAUUUUGAGCAAAUAACUGACAUUGUUAUUGGCAACACACAAAAGAUGGAGUAUGUCAAAAGGCAGCUUCAAGUUUUGAAGGUGAUUUUAUCAGAAUGGAAUGAUGGAUUGUUAGCUUCUGCAGUAGACUCAGACACUGUUGGUGUUGCAAAUUCUGAUAGUUCAAUUGCUAUUUUGAAUCCACAUGAGGCUCGUAGCCGUGGUAAGCCACGAAGUAAUUAA